AGGAGGCAGAGUGAGAUGGAGAGGACAUCUUCCAUAGAGUUAGAGCCUCGAACUCUCACGUACGCUGAGCUCCAGAAUGCGAGGGAGGCAGCAAUGUUGAUACUGAGCAGCAAGUCCUUAGAAGAAGCCAUUAAGAUCUUCACAGAGGGUGUAAAACCAGUGCCGUGCAUAAAAGACAAAACUUACAUCAAUCAUGUAGAUAACGAUGACGAGGAGGAAGAAGAGGACGACGACGAGAUGAUGGAUUACCUUGAAAUGGAGCAAACGUAUCGGCCAUCGUUUUAGCUGUUCGUCGCUUCUUUUGUUGCCCGUAUUGACGGCAUGAGUUGCUAAAAGAUUUUUGAGAGGAAGAGGGGGAGAUGUUUGUGAGGGAGAUCGAAGGACGUGAUCCGAGUACUUCUCAGUUCGCUUGUACAGAAAAGAUACAACUUAUACAGCAUAUUUGAUGUGCCAUCGGCAUUUGUUAUAUUGUGUGUAGGUUCUCUAUAUCCUCUAUAACCUAAGAAAGCUCCGAUAAGGGGACAGAUGUGUUGCGAUG